UUUCGCGGGACUACGACUCCCGUCAGUCCCCGCGUUCCCACUCCCAUCCGGAGCCGCGAGGUUCGUUGUAAAAUGCUAUGACAACCGAGGCGAAAAUGGCUUUGGGUCUUUGGGCUGGAGGCCAGCUGCAGCCCCCUCGGUGCCGCCCUUCCUUUGCUCUGUGAGCCGCUUCCCAGUGCCCCCCAGACAGAGCCAGGCCCUGGCGUGCUGUCCGGUGCCCUUCCGUCCUGCGACGCCGCUGCAGCCUCGGACUCUGGGCCCGGGCUGAGCCAGAAUGUCCUUGUUCAAGGCCCGAGACUGGUGGUCGACGGUCCUGGGAGAGCAGGAAGAGUUCGACCAAGGCUGCCUGUGUGUGGCUGACGUGGACAACAGCGGCAACGGACAGGACAAGAUCGUGGUGGGCAGCUACACGGGCUACCUGCGGAUCUUCUCGCCGCACCCCGUGAAGGCGGGCGACGGCGCUCACGCCGAGGACCUGCUCCUGGAAGUGCACCUGCGCGAUCCGGUCCUGCAGGUGGAAGUCGGCAAGUUUGUGUCAGGCACCGAACUGCUCCACUUGGCCGUGCUGCACGCCAGGAAGCUCUGCGUCUACUCGGUGUCAGGCACGCUGGGCAACGUGGAGCACGGGAACCAGUACCAGAUCAAGCUCAUGUAUGAGCACAACCUGCAGCGGAUCGCCUGCAACAUGACCUACGGCUCCUUCGGCGGCGUCAAAGGUCGAGACUUGAUUUGUAUCCAGUCCAUGGAUGGGAUGCUUAUGUUAUUUGAGCAGGAAAGUUAUGCUUUUGGGCGCUUUCUCCCUGGCUUCCUUCUGCCUGGCCCUCUUACUUACAGCUCCCGGACAGAUUCCUUCAUCACUGUUUCAUCCUGCCGCCAUGUUGAGAGCUACAAGUACCAAGUCCUCGCCUUCGCCACAGACGCAGACAAGAGACAAGAUUCCGAGCAGCAAAAGCUCGGCUCUGGGAAGAGGCUGGUGGUGGAUUGGACCCUGAACAUCGGGGAGCAGGCUCUGGACAUCUGCAUCGUCUCCUUUAACCAGUCCUCGUCGUCCGUCUUCGUCCUCGGGGAGAGGAACUUCUUUUGCCUCAAGGAUAACGGGCAGAUUCGCUUCAUGAAGAAGCUGGACUGCAGCCCCAGCUGCUUCCUGCCCUACUGCUCAGUGUCCGAAGGCUCCAUCAACACCCUGGUUGGAAACCACAACAACAUGCUGCACAUCUACCAAGACGUCACCCUGAAGUGGGCCACGCAGCUCCCUCACGUGCCUGUCGCGGUCAAGGUGGGCUCUUUGCAAGACCUGAAGGGCGUGAUCGUCACUCUGAGCGACCAGGGCCACCUGCAGUGCUCCUACCUGGGCACCGACCCGUCGCUCUUCCAGGCCCCCAAGGUGGACUCCAGGGAAGUCAACUAUGAAGAGCUGGACGUGGAGAUGAAGGACCUGCAGAAGAUCAUCCGGGACGUGAACAAGGCCCCAGGUUCUUUGCCCCUGACGGAGGCGGAAGAUCACCUGUCGGUCGUUGCCACCGUCUGCCCCAACCUGGACAACGUGUCUCAAGCCACCAGCUACGAAGUGGGAGCCGAAGCCGUGCCCUCCGUCACAGUGAAGGUCAUGAUUCAGAGCCGGAUAGCCUUGCAGAAGACGAAGUUGUCUGUUUAUGUCGAGCCGCCACUAGCAUCGACCUGUGACCACUUCAUCUUUGAUGCCUUGGAGCCAGAGAUGAUGAAAACUGUCAGCUUCUCUGUCUUCCUGAAAGGGAAUUACCUGCCGUCAGAACUGGAAGGCACGGCUGUGGCCUCCUAUAGCAUGUCCACAGGUAUUCCUCGAGUUGUCCAGUGCACAUUCAGACUGCCCCUGAAGUUAAUAUGCUUGGCACAUCAGCCUUCAAAAAUGGCAAGCCACAAGCUAACGAUCGACACGAACAAGCCUCCUAUCAGCCUCGUCAUGCUCUUCCCAGGCUUUGCUAACCAGGUGGAUGAUGAUCAGGUGAAUGUGCUUGGCUUUCGCUUCAUAACUGGCUCCCGAGUCACCGUCCUGGCAUCUAAGACCUCUCAGCGCUACCGAAUCCAGAGCGAGCAGUUCGAGGACCUUUGGCUCAUCACCAAAGAGCUCACUCUGCGGCUUCAGGACCAUUUUGAUAAGCAGAGCAUCAAAGACUUCACUUGUUCGUUCUCGGGGUGCGUUCCUCUGCAGGAAUAUUUUGACCUAAUUGACCAGCAUUUUGAGCUCCGACUGAAUGGAGAAAAAGUCGAAGAAUUGUUAUCAGAAAGAGCCAUCCAGUUCAGAGCUAUUGAGCGACGCCUGCUGACCAGGUUCAAAGACAAGACUCCCGCCCCUCUCCAGCAUCUGGACACCUUGUUAGACGGGACGUACAAACAGGUGAUCGCGCUGGCGGAUGCAGCCGAGGAGAACCAUGGCAACCUCCGGCGCUCCUUCAGCCGGCUCCAGAGCGCCACCCACCUGGUGAUCACGCUGCUCGGCCUGUGGCAGAAGCUCAGCGCCGACCAGAUCGCCAUUCUGCAGGCGGCUUUCUUGCCACUACAGCAGGACUCCCAGGAUCUGGGCUGGGAGGAGACAGUGGACGCCGCGGUGGCCCACCUGCUCAAGACGUGCCUCUCGAAGAGCCCCAAGGAGCAGGCCUUGAACCUCAGCAGCCAGCUGACCAUCCCCAAGGACACGAGCCGUCUGAAGAAGCACAUCACGCUGCUCUGCGACCGGCUCGCCAAGGGGGGCCGCCUCUGCCUGAGCACCGACGCCGCGGCGCAGCAGACCAUCGUCAUGCCAGGCGGCUGUGCUACCAUCCCGGAACAAGAUGCCGAAGAGAGAGUGACGGAGCAGGACCCCGGCGGUGUGUUCCCCGCUUCCGGUCACCUGGCUAUCCAGACCCUCAAGCCAGAAUCUGCUCCCACUGCCGGCUUUCAGGAAUGAUCAGGGCAGCUGGGCCGAGCUGGAGCUGAACCUCCCCAGGGUGCCAAGGGCAAAAGCGGGCUGGGGGCGAUGGAGGCUCGGCGCCUCCUCCUCUGCACGGGUGGCUCUGGCUGGAGGCAGAAAGGAAGACCCCGACCCCAGGGAAGGCUUCAUGGUUCCUCGACCAUCCUCCCUGACUCGACUUCUCUGGCUUUGGAGCAAGCAAUGCUCUUGCUUCCUCGUGCCGGAUGUGGGCGGUGGAGCACCUAGAACAGCUCGUUCCCCUCUGCGGCCCCGUCCCAGCGCUUCCAGGUGGGUUCCAGGCAGGUUAGAAAAGGCCCCGCCCUUCAAUAAAGCUCCACUCGUGGAUUUCAUUGACUGACAUUUGUCCACCUUCCCCAUCCCUGAGAGAAUUCCGAGCGCUUCCUGGUCCCUCCCAGGAGCUCAAUGCAGGAACCUCUCCUUGGAAGAGGCUGUCCUGAGAGGCAGCCGUUUGUAACAGGGACUCCCGCUUUAUCACGCAACCCUGCCGGAUCCGGGAACCAGAGGAGCUUCCUGCCAACUCUUUGGGGGGGGCUGUUCAGAGCCAAUUCACGCCUGGGGAGACAUGUUUACCCUAGUCCUGCCCCCCCCAUGGGGGAGGGGGAGGGCCGGGGGAAAGUCUAGUCACAAGUCCAUUGGAGAUCUGCAGUAGAGAACCGUAGACUAGGCCGACUGCGAACUACGGCAUCACCCUUGUAGAAGAGAAACAUUCAGAGCGAAACCUUAUCUAGGACAGAAGGGGGACAGCUGCAGCCAGGAGAGCUCCUACCAAGGGAUGCUGCUCCUUUGGGCCCUCCAUUGCGACAGGCCGCCUCGCUCCGAAGUUUCUAGUGGCUUCUCCUGCAGAGCCCCCGAGGGGGUGUGGCUUACCCCAGCCUCCCUGUGCAUACGAGUCUCCCUCCAUCUUUCUCUCAGGUGUUUAUCUCUAUGCAAAGCUCCCAGCUUGCCUCCCUCCCUCUCUAGGUUGGGCCUCCCCAUUUUCCUGUCCUGUGUGUGUGAGUGUGUGAGAUCUCCUCUUCUGGACCCCCAGACUCCCCAGCCCGCAGUGGUGCAGGAGCACCCCCUCUGGUCCAUUCCUCAUUUUACUGCCACAUUACUUCUGUCCCUCUCCCUCCCUCCCUCCCUCUCUCUGUCUGUCUGUCUCUGUCUGUCUCCCUCUCCCUCCCUCCCCCUCCUCUCUGUCUCUCUCUGUCUCUCUCUGUCUCUCUCUCUCUGUCUCUCUCUCUCUGUCUCUCUCUGUCUCUCUUCCUCUCCCUCUCUCUCUCCCCCUCCCUCCUCCCCUCCCCUCUCCCCUCCUCACGUCUCCUUCCACAACAGACAUGUUGCUGGAUCAUCAGGCUACCAAACAGAACUUAAACUCCUCAGCACGGCAUUCCAGGCCUUUGGCCACGCAGUACUUGUCACUGUAGUGAUGCUGCUCCAGGCCGAUCUUCCGGGUCACUAGCUGAACCUCGUGUGCUCUCCUCUUGGCUGUUUCCUGGCCCCCGGACCCGCUGCCCACUCUGGCUGACCGUUGGGCCCUCCCGGAGCCUCUUCUCCAGCCUGGCGCUUUGCAUUCGGCCUCGCUGAUCCCUCUGGUUUUGGUCUGGUUGCUUCACUCAUUUGGGCACCGUGCGUAGAGGCCCCUCCUUGGACAGCCACCAGGCGCCAGCCACGAGCAUUUCGUAGGUGCCUGCUCUGGGCCGAGCACUGCCAAGGGCGGGAGAUGCCAAAACAAAGGGAAACGUUUGCCCUCCGGGAGCCCUUCUGCCGCCCGAGUUGGGGACUUCAGAUGAGAGCCCCGAGUCAGGGAGGGGCCCUUCCUGUCCGAGGGAACAUCCAGGGAUGGCGUCCGACGUUUCAGGUGGUUUCCAGUCAGCCGAGUCCCUCGUCACCCCGUGUCUUCCCACCUCCACACCUUUGUUUCUGCUUCUCUCACCCAGGGAAGGCCUCCACCCUCCAUCUGCCCAUUUGCCUGCCCUUUAAAGCCCAGCUCCAAAGGCACCAUCUCCCCACUUUGCACACAGUCAGUCACCCCUUUGUACCUUUCCCUGUUCAUCGUGCAUCAGUCAUCAUCCGUGCGCACGGAGAGGGCGAGAGCGGGGCUCAUUGAGGCUCUGCAUCUCUGCAGGGGGAGCAGAGUCGAUUCUUAGGAAAUCCUGGUUGAAUGAAUGAAUGAAUGAAUGAACGACUGCCCGCCCCGCUCAUUCAGGCUGUGGGGCCCUCCCUGUCUGUCCGCUCCUUCCCUGGCAUCCCUUCCCAGGCCACGGCAUAGAAUUGGAAUAGAUGCGUUCAUGACAUGUUCCAGUUAUUUUAAAGUUCUCUCUUCUUCCUUUCCAAAGUGCAUGAAUGGAGCAUUUUGUACAUAUUUUUAUUUCGGAAUAAAAAGAACAUGUAUCAAAAUCAGAA